GUUUCCGGGAAGCGCACAACACCAUGAUGGGACAUAGCCGGACACAGCUCCUUUCUCUGUCCGACUAUGGUCUCUGCUCAUGUUAGCGGGCUUUUUUUAAAAAGAGGACCACAAACAGCUGAUUUUAAAGACUCCAGCCAUGUUCCCAUCAUUCAUUGCAUUGUCUAGCUAAAUCAACAACAUCAUGAGCGGGAAGAUGCGGAGGAGGAGGGUGGUGGUGCAGUCAGUCCUUUGAUCUGUAUGGAUGAUGUUGUUCUGCACUAUCAGCCUGGAUCAGCUGAAGGGUUCAGCUGUCUAUUAGAGAGGACAGAGAGGCUUCUGGAGACCUUCCCCUGCCGGACACCUCCAGUCUUCAGCCCCUGGUCCCCCAGCGCCGCAGACCGCCACCUACCCAUCAGACCGGCCAAACCAGCUCCCAUCAUCACAUGCUCAGGGGAUUUACUCGUCUCUGACAGCAGGACUCACACAGCACAAAUCCAACUGCAAGAUCCUGAAGUUGACUGUCUUGUUGCUGAAAGACCUUGUAACCAACCAUCAACCACAGCUGAAAAUCCACAAGAACUUAAAGAUGCCUCCUGCGUCUCAGAGACCCAAAACCGACUCCUUCCAGAGAGAAAAGUCACCCGACUGCCUCCUGAAAAACACAAAUGCAGAGACGGCUUCCCUGUCGCUGACUUGCCGGCCAAACGGUCCUGGAGCAUCUUUACACAUAAAGGAGUUCUGCUGCAGAGCUCCCAUUCGCUGUCCAAGCAGUUUCGUAACAUGGUUUCGGCUCACAGGCUCCACCUCCACCAGAGGGCCAAGUGGGUGAUCAGUCAGCACAACUGUGGGGCGGCCAGAGACAUUGAACAGGUGUGGCGGGCUCUGAGCCGGGCCAUGCAGAACUCCCGGCUGCAGACGUGUAACGCCAACAUCCAGAGGGAACGGGCGGAGAUCUGGGUGUUUUGUGACGUUAUCCACUCAGAGCAGGUGGGACGUGUCCUGAAGGGCGAGCUGCAGCUGUCAGGGAGGAUCUGCCUGUCGGUUCACAGACUGGGGAACAUCUUAAGCAUGUAGAUGAGCUUCUGCUGGAACAGCAUGAUCAAUACAAAGGAUCAAAUAUGACAAACAUGUUAACAGGUCCAGAUGCUAUGAUUACACUAAGAUUUCCAUAAUUACAGGACAAACAUGCUUGUUUGUUUACUAAUUUACUUGAUAUUUUAUCACAUUUUGAGGAAACCAUGUAUAGUACGGUUGUCAGUGAUCACAUUACCGUUUUCCUCUAGUGCAUGAGUUCUGAACUACUGUGCUGUAUACUGGGGCCAGACUGUGAGGAAUAUUUGACCACUGGUUUCUAAAACCAGGAUAUUGUGCUUACAUGUGUAACAUGUAUAUGUAAAUUUGUGAACAGAUAUUAUAAUACUAUUUUUAUAUUGACUGUCUGGCUG